AUGACUCCUCUACAGAUACAUGGAUUCAUCAAAAUUUGGAGCAAGAAUACUGGGAUAACCAAGUUGAAAGAAGCAUUUGUUGAAACAGUGGAAGAAAAAAAGGACAUUAAACUGGUGAUCACUUUCAAAUCUGGAGGAAUUACAAAAGUUUUUCAGUUGAGUAAUAAUAUUAGAAGUGUGGUCCUUCAGCAUCGUGAAAAAAAAAAAAGCCACCUUCAUUUAACUUUGCAAGACAACAUCUCCUUGUUCAUUGGCAAGUUAUCCUUCCAAGAUGCAGAACAGAUGAAGAUGUUUCUGGAUGUAGUCCAUCAAAACAAAUUUCAAAACUCUGUGAAACCUGAUGAUGAUUGGGAUGUCUUUGAAAGCAGGAAUACACAGAAAGAAAUUGACAAAACUUUAUUUUACAAAAAUCGUUACAAGCCAAGUUAUAGAUCCUUUCAUAAUGAAAAAGGAAGUGAAAUGCUUGUCUUUCAAAAAAUGCCUUUCUUAAUGCCAAAAUCACCAACACUUUUCAAUAAAGGGCUAUUAGAAAAUCGAGGUGAAAAGCGGAAAAAAACACUAUCAUCUGAUCUAGAGAUGAAUGAGGACUUUCUAAAAGAAAAUAACCUUAUACUAAACAAGAAAUUCAAUACAGAUUCCUUGAAGUAUGAAAGAAGCAAUAGGAAGGAACCAGCCAGUUUAAAAGCUUUAGAAAAAGGUAGAAAUUCAAUACUUGGAUCUUCAUUCAAGACUGACUCUAAUAGAAACCCUAACCUAGAGGAGACUGAUCUUUCAACUCAGACUUUCUCUGGCAAAGGAGGUUUGGCAUUUUCAUUGGAAAAGGAGCAUAGCCAGAAUGACCCUUCAUGGACUGAAGCCCAGGUUUCCUUUGACCCUCAGCCUGGGAAACUAUGGGAAGGUUUCCCCAAUUUAGGAAACACCUGUUACAUGAAUGCAGUAUUACAAUCACUAUUUGCAAUUCCAUCAUUUUCUGAUGACUUACUCAUGCAAGGUCUCCAAUGGGAGAAAAUUCCCCUUGAUGCUGUUAUCUUGCCCCUGAGCAAGUUGCUUGCUUUAAAAGAUACUUGUAAUAGAAAGAUCAAGGAAGAGUUACUUGUAAAUGUUAAAUAUGCCAUUUCAGCAGUUGCAGAGAUUUUCUCUGGAAAUGCACAAAACGAUGCUCAUGAGUUUUUAGGUCAGUGUUUAGACCAGCUAAAAGAGGACAUUAAAAAAUUAAAUGAUGCUUUGAAGACUGAGAGGGAACCUAGGGAUAAAAAUUCAUCUCCACAGACGUAUGCUGAUAACACUGUCACUGAUGUGUGUGUUUGUCCUGUCAUUGCUAAUUUUGAGUUUGAAUUGCAGCUCGCCAUUAUUUGCAAAGCCUGUGGUCAUACUGUUCUCAAGACAGAAGCUGGCAAUUAUCUCUCCAUCAACCUGGAUCAAGAAGCAAGACCACUUCCUUUGUCUAUUCAACAUUUUUGUGAUAUGUUCUUUCAAGCAGAAGAACUCGAGUAUAACUGUGAGAAGUGUAAGCAUAAGAGUUCUGUUGCAGUGAACACAUUUAGUAGGCUCCCCAGGGUCCUAAUUGUUCAUUUGAAACGCUAUAACUUUAAUGAUGCUUGGUUACUGGUAAAGAAUAACCAGCAAGUUCAUAUUCCCAAAUAUUUAAGCUUAUCUUCUCAUUGCAAUGAAAGCACCAAAUCACCUCUUUCCUUGAGCAAUAACAUGCCUGUUUGGGCCUGCAAGGUCCUGAAUGCCUCUCAGGAAAUUUCUAAGAUAAUCAGCCAAUUGACUCCAUCAGUGAAGUCAGCAUCAGAAUCAAGUGAUUCUCUAGUUUUACAGUUUGCAUCAGACGAGAAUGCUGACCUACAAAGAUUCCAGGGAAAAUGUGAAGAAGUAAAUCAAGGAUAUCACCAGAAAGACCUGCAAAAUGGAUGUAAGCUAGAGUCAAAAGAGGUAAACUCUGAAGAUAAAAUGGUCAGUGAAAAGGAGUUGGCAGUGGCUGAUUCAAUGAUGGAUCUAGGAGACACCUUUCUUCACAUGACCUGUGAAAACAGAGACAAGCUCAUAGGUUGCCCAGACACAGACCCUGCAGAGACCCAUCUGCAAGAGAUGUCUGAAAAUGCAGGAUUUAAGAAAUGUGAGAAAACCAAUACAUCUAUAGAGCUAGAUGUUGACACUGUCAUGGAGUCUACCAAUGGUUUUUAUAAGCAUAAAGGAAGCAGGAUUCUGGAACAAUCUCAAGGAAUGGCUGAAGAGUUCCGACAGAGUAUUGAGAAGAGAAUCAGUGAGGAAUUUCUUCACCAGGUGCCACCCCCAAGUGCUGGGAAACCAGACGCCCAGGAACAUGCAGAGAAAGCUCUUGACAGAUCUACAGAAAUAAAACCUCAAAAGACUAACCUGAAUUCCCUUGGCAAAUUGGGUUCUGAUGAAAACCCUGGAAACAAAGCCAUUUUAGAGAUGGAGAAUACAGAAGCUAAAGCCAAGGAACCAAACCGAAACAUGAAGACAAGAGAUCCUCUCCAGGUCUACAGGCUCAUCAGUGUGAUCAGCCACCUUGGAAGCUCUCAAAGUUCAGGCCAUUACAUCAGCGAUGCUUAUGACUUUCAGAAGCAGGCCUGGUUCACCUACAAUGACCUCUGGAUUUCAGAGAUCCAAGAGACCCUGAUCCAGGAAGCGAGGCACCAGUCUGGGUAUAUCUUCUUUUACAUGCACAAGGAGAUUUUUGCGGCAUUGUUGGAAAAGGCAGAGAAUUCUCAACCACUUAGCACACAGGCAGGAGUGUGCUUCAGGGAGAAUAAGAAGAUAAGAAGAUAA